AUGGCACCAACGUGCCAAUGGGUUGGAGCAAAGGGCAAUUCAACAUGCGAACUAAGCAACUUGGAUGAAAGGGAGCUAAAUGAGAAAAAGCUGCUUCUUAGAGAUCCAGAUUAUGACAUCUACGUUCGAAGAUUUCAAUGCGAACAAUCUCCACCUUCUCCUCUCCAAUUCGCAUUAAACGACCCAAUUGAAGGUCCUUCUCUUAAACCUGUCUUUCGUCCGGAGAUUGAAGACACAAAUAAACCAUUAUCUGAUGAAUAUUUAUCAGAUCUUAGGCCUUUUGAGACGAUUCGGCCAGAGGUCAGACCUUCUCCUUAUAGACCUCCGUAUUACAAUUAUUUAGAUCGACCUGAUAAUUACAUUAAUCAAAAACCAGAUUUUGAUAGACCUCCAAGCUAUGGUCUUCAUAAGCCUCAAGACAUACCCUUCAAACCUGAAAGACCACAAAAUAUAUACAGACCUUAUCAAAAUUACUCUAUACCUGUUGAUGUACUUUAUUUUCAAGAUGGGAGACCUAGACCUCCUAUGCAUUGGAGACCAGAUCCUCCAUAUCCUCCAUUUCUUGUUGAUGAUAUUCCGGAUUUAUAUGGUCAAACACCGAUAAGACCACGACCUGAAUUACCAGCAUUUCCAUCUGAAGAUUCACAAUACAUAUACAUAAACAGACCAAAUAGGAAACCUCCGAGACCUGAUAAUGACCCUGGAUACGAUAGACCACCUAAACCUGUACAAGAAUAUCCAACAAAACCUGACUCCUAUGGUCCAAGUUAUCCUAUAAGACCUAUUGAUCCACCAAAUUCAUACAAGCCAAGCAGACCUAUGGAUUACCUGUAUAGGCCACAAGACAGGCCAACGUAUGGUUAUCAUGAUCAAUAUGCUAGUAAUUAUGCACAAAAUCAGUAUCAAGACAAUUCCAUAUAUUUAGACAUUUAUGAUCCUUCAAGACCGUACGGACCAAAGCCAAUGCAUGACAGGCCAAUGUAUGGAAAUUAUGACCAAAAUUACGCAUAUGGACAACAAGGUGACAUCUAUGGAGGAAGUUAUGUAAGUCAAAACCAUCAAAGUUCUUAUGGGACUGUAACCCAAGUUGAUGAUUACAAUCGUCCAGUCCACAGACCACCUAAACCAGUCUACGAGAAUCCUACUUCAGAAUAUGGACCACAGAACACUUACAAACCUUCCAAACCACCUAUUGACUCACCAAGUGUCAUUUACGGUGGCCUAAAUGACCCUAUUAAGAAACCAGAUAAACCUAACGACAAUUCUGAUACUGGCUUUGGAUACCAGAAGCCAGAAAAACCUGUUUAUAACACUCCAAGCUCUAGUUCUGGCUAUGGGUCGUUACAAGAUACCAAACCUCAGACACCUUUAGAUGAAGGACCCGGUUAUGGUGGCAGUUUGUCGUCGAGUCAAUAUUUUGAUGGUUAUGGCGUGUCGCAAAAGCCUCAAAACACCCAUAGACCUUAUAACCCAGGAUCAGGAGGUCACUUAGGUUAUGGUACUCAAAGUAAUUUCAACAAUCAGGGUUAUGGAUUGCAAUCUCAGGAUAUUUACAGCCCUACUAAUCAAUAUGGAGGAAGUGCACAGCAAUAUCUAGAAAGCUAUGGAAGCAAGCCUGUAGCUGACAGUCAUCCGUCACAUACUGGGAAUAAACCUUCAUUUGCCAAUGAUCGUCCUUCAUAUGGAAAUAAUAAACCUUCGUUUAAUGACAAUCGCCCUUCUUAUGAAAAUAACAAGCCUUUAUAUAAUGAUGAUCGUCCUUCAUACGGAGGGAACAGACCUUCGUACAGCCAAGACGUUCCGAUAUAUGGAAAUAAACCUCAUAAUGACAAUCUACCUUACGGCAAUAAACCUUCAUUUAGUACUAACCGUCCUUCAUACAGUAGCAUACUUGAUAACAACCGUCCGUUGUAUAAUAAACCCAGUAACGACGUACCGUCCUAUAAUAGACCGCCAUAUGACAAACCGACCAAUAAUGCGCCUUCAUAUAACAACCCAAGCACUGAUGCUCCAACGAUCCAAAUUCAUAUGGACCUGAAAAUGAAGAUGUAG